AUGAGUAUUUCAUCAACUGCUAGUACAUCAACUACUACUUUUUAUCCUACCAGUAAUAGGACUUCAAUAGAUACUACUGCUACUUCAAUCAAUAAUGAUUAUGUCAACACUAAUAAGCCUACUAGACUAUCGACGACUUCAAGUUUAUUUACUAUAGAUUCCGAAUUAAAUGAUUUAUAUCCAGAAUUACCAUCAAAUUUUAAACUUAUUGAAUUACUUGGUGAAGGAGCAUUUUCAUCAGUUUAUAAAGCUAUUGAUAUCUCGAAGAAUAAUAUGAUUGUUGCGAUCAAAAUCAUUAAUAAAAUUAAUCUUAAUCUGAAACAAUUACAAAAUAUUAUUAAUGAAAUCAAUAUAUUAAAACAAAUUAAUUAUCAUCAUCAUCCUAAUAUUAUUGAAUUAUUAGGGGUUAUUGAUGGUAUUAAUCAAACGUUUUUAAUUUUGGAAUAUUGUGAUGGUGGAGAAAUUUUUGAUCAAAUAUUAAAAUAUACUUAUCUUUCUGAACCUUUAUCAUAUCAUGUUUUUAAACAAAUUUUAAAUGCUUUACAAUAUUUACAUAAUACGUUGAAUAUUGUUCAUCGAGAUUUAAAACCCGAAAAUUUAUUAUUCAAUAAAAUCCCUUUCUUUAAAAGAGGAAUAAAUGAUAAUAACCUAGAGAAAUAUUUAAGGAAAUCUGAUGAUAUUAAUGAAAAAAUCGAUGAAGGAGAAUUUAAAUAUGGUAUAGGUGGUGGAACUAUUGGUGUAAUAAAAUUAGCUGAUUUUGGUUUAGCUAAACAAUUAAAUGAUAAGAAUAUUGCUCAAACUCCUUGUGGUACUACUGGUUAUACUGCUCCUGAAGUUUUCCAAUGUAGGAAUAAUAAUAAUAAUAAUAAUAAUAAUAAUAAUAAUAACAAUAGCAACAACAGUAAUAAAUCAAGUGGCGGUUCAGGUUCAGGUUCAGGUUCAAUUUAUCAUCAAUUAUUUAAAUCUUCCAAAUCUAAAGUCAAAACUAAAUCCAAACAACUAAGUAUAACCAAUUAUUCUAAAUCAGUAGAUAUUUGGUCAUUAGGAUGUGUAUUAUACACAUUAUUAUGUGGAUUCCCACCAUUUUAUAAUGAUGAUAUUGAAAUAUUAACUAAUAAUGUAAUCAAUGGGAAAUUUGAAUUUUUAAAACCUUGGUGGGAUGAAAUUUCAAAUGAUGCUAAAGAUUUAGUAUCAAAAAUGUUAAUUAUUGAUCCUAAUGAAAGAAUUACUAUUGAUGAAAUUUGGAAUCAUCCUUGGAUUUUGAAACAUAUGAAUAAUGAAAGUAAGCAAAGACAACAAAAACAAGAAGAAGAAGAAGAAGAAGUACCAGGUUAUUUCCCUAAUCAUAAUAAGAAUACUAAUAUUAUUAAACAAACUAUAUUUGAAAAUGUUCAUGAAGAUAUAAUCAACCCAAUUAAUAAAGAAAAAGAAGAAGAAGAUGAUGACUACUCUUUAUCAUUGGCUCCACCUCCACCAUCUCAACAAAUAUUUAGUAAAUCACCUAGAGCAAUAGCAAUUAAAAAAGUAUUUGAUAAUCCUGCAAUGACAACCAAUAAAUCAAUUAAAAAUAAAGCAAGUAUUUGUCAUGGUGAUAAUAAUGAUGAUGACAUUUAUUUUGCUAAUCAAGAAGAAGAAAAAGAACCAUUAAGUUUUUUCAUUGAAGAUAUUGCUGAAUUAGAUGAAGAAGACGAAGAGAUUGAAUCUGAGGUAACAAAUGACUCUGAUGAUUCUGAUUCUGAUUCUGAUGAAGAUGUUAAUGUUAAUGUCAAUGAAAUUAAUGAACAUUUGAAAAUUAUGGGAGAUUUACCUUUUAAAACUAGGAAAAAUCAUCAUGAUUAUAUUAAAACUCCAUAUCCUAAAUUAAUUAGUUUUAAAGAUGUUUUCAAUUUAAAUAAAAUUAAUUCACCCCAAGAAGAUAAUGAAGAAGAAGAAGAAGAAGAAGAAGAUUUAAAGAAUCAAUUUCAUAGAUUUAAGUUAUCUUCACAAAAUUUAAAUUCAUUAAAUAAGAGCAACGGCAUUGACAAUUUGCAUAAGAAUUCAAUUAAUGAUAAUGAUAGUGAUGAUACAACAUCGACGACAACAACUAAUUCAUCAAUACUUCUGAAUACUCCUACUUAUACAACAACAAAUAACAACAACAAUAAUAAUAAUAGUAUAGAUAAUUAUGGCAGAUCCCCUCUACGUACUAAUAAUAAUGAUAAUCAACUUAUUGACAAUCAUGAUGAACAUGAUGACACCACAACCACCAAUAUUCCAAAUCAUGAAACUCGUUCAUCAUCAAUAAUAUCAGGUUUAAAUGGUGAUUUUAAAUUCACUUUAAAUUUAACAAAUUCAAAUUUAUUAACUCGACGUAAAAAUAGCAAUAAUAUAAUCUCACCAAUCACCUCAUCAUCAUCAUCUACUACAAGUAGUAGUAUUAUUAUUAAUCCAAUUAAAUCAAUUAAACCAACAACUUCAAAUAUAGGUGAUGCUACUACUACAAUUAUAAAUACUAAUGCUACUGCUACCAUUAUUUGA